UGUGUAGACGUUAUUGAUGUGCAAAACAAACGUAUUAUUGUUGUCAACACUUUGUCAUUGAUUUCACAGAUUAUCUCAUCAUUUGUCGCAUCACUUAUUGGAUCAAUUGGUGACCGCAAUGCCAAAACACGAAGCAUUUACGCCGAAAGCUAUCGGCAAACGUAUCAAAUCGAAAGGUCUUCAGAAAUUGAAGUGGUUUUGUCAGAUGUGUCAGAAACAGUGUAGAGACGAGAAUGGCUUCAAAUGUCACACAACCUCUGAAGCACAUCAAAGACAACUACUUUUAUUUGCCGAAAAUCCACACAAAUAUAUGGAUGCAUUUUCAUCAGAAUUCCUCAAAGACUUUCUUCAUCUUAUUAAGACACGAUUUGGCACCAGAAGAGUGUUCGCCAAUCAGGUCUAUCAGGAGUACAUCAAAGAUAGAGAUCACUUGCAUAUGAACGCCACGCGAUGGGUGACACUCACCGGAAUGGUUAAGUGGAUGGGAAAGAAAGGCAUUGUUGUGGCCGAUCAAACUGAAAAGGGAUGGUUUAUCACAUAUAUUGAUAGGGAUCCCGAAAAAGUACAAAAACAGAAAAAUCUAUUAAAGAGACAAAAAGUCGAAAGAGAUUAUGAAGAAAGACAGCAACUGAUGAUUGAGGAACAGGUCCAGAGAGGCAAAGAAUUAGAGACCAAUACUAGUGAUAAUUCUCACGACAAUACAAAUGAUACGAAAAAAGAAUUAAGAAAAGAAAGAGAAGAAGAAAAAAUAACAUUUACUCUAAAACCACGAAAAGUCGAGGAAAAACUUAUUACCGAUUCUGAGUUGUCAGUAAUGAAUACAAACAAAUUGAUUACUUUGGAUAAAACAGAUAAAAGUGACACCAUUUCUAUAUCAUCUAAAAGUUCAAUGAAACGAAAAUUGAAUGUAAAAGAUAGUUAUAAUAAGAAGUCAGCAUUAGAUCAAAUAAUUGAAGAACAGGAAAGACUGCGUCAAAAGUCAGAAAAACACGAUUAUUGGCUUUUGAAGGGAAUUAUUGUUAAAAUAAUAACCAAUUCUUUUGAUGAAAAAUAUUACAAAAAGAAAGGCGUCGUCGAAAAAGUUGAGGACAAAUAUACUUGUAUUUUAAGAGUACUCGAUAGCAAUGAUGUCUUAAAAUUAGAUCAAAAACACGUCGAGACUGUUAUUCCGCAAAUUGGACGCAAAGUUUUGGUAUUAAGAGGUCUUUUUCGAGGAUUAGAGGCAACACUUCUCGAUGUAAACUACGAUAAGUUUUGUGUGAAAAUCAGAAUUGAUUCAGAAGUGUCCAAAGGACGUGUUGUCGAUGGCAUCAAAUAUGAAGACAUUUCUAAAUUAAAUGUUUAAUCAAAUGACUGCUAAUAUGUAUUA